CCCCCGCAACCAAACCCUACCGCAGCCGUUUGUCUCUUUUCUCGGUCUCUCUUCUUUCUUUCCCUCCUUACCGCCGCCGCCGCCUCCAUGACCUCUCCUCGUCGUGCCGCCUCCAUGCCAGCAUGAUGGACGAGCAGACCUCCUUCACGCGUGCAGAGGACCAAAGGAGGGUUCCCACACGGUAGCGCCGGCCUCCCUCGUCCCCUGUUGAAGACAACGUCCAUCGUGGAGAUCCCACACUGUGGCGCGGCCGUGCAACAGCCCCUUUGAGUGCCACCAACGUGAAGCAGAUCUGGCAAGUACAGGACAACCUGAGGUAGCGGAGGACUAGCCAAAUCUUCCAUGAGCAGACUCCGUUGCGGAUGGUUUGGGUGGGUGGUGGUGUGCGGCGCCGCCGCCUGCGCCAGCGCCUGAGGGUGAUCCUCCAGCUACCGUCCUGCCGCCGGGUGAGGGGGCCUGAGAUGGCCUUCUUCGACGUCGAGACCUCCAUGCCGCAGCGGGCGGACCAGGGCUACGCGCUGCUUGAGUUCGGUGCCGUACUCGUCUGCCCGCGCAGGCUCGUCGAGGUCGCCUCCUACGCCACGCUCGUCCGCCCCGCCGACCCGGUCUCCGCCGUCUCGGCGGCCUCCGUGCGCUGCAACGGCAUCACAAGGGACGCCGUGUCUGGGGCGCCGCCGUUCCGUGACGUCGCCGACGCAGUCUAUGACCUCCUCAACGGGCGGGUCUGGGCAGGGCACAACAUUGUGAGGAUACAUGCAGGUUUGCUGUUUGGACCUCACGCUUCAUCAAUAAUUUUGUUUUGUGCAAGUCUGUAUAGCAAGGAUGUUUAUUGUCUUGAUGUGAAAGUGAAAUUGACUUUUUGAAGAAAUAAACAUAAGGCCCAUAGUUGCUUACGAGUUUGAGAAAUUACUGAUUUGCAGAUUCUGUAAUGUCAAGACAUCUCGAACACCCCUCCACCGAAUCUUGAUGAGCCUUCCAAUAUUGCUCAAAUUAUUGCCUCAUGGGGCCUUGAAUAUAUAGUUAUCACGAGUGUUGACAUGGACGAUUUGCCUGAUUAGGGCAGUGGUCACUUUGCUGAAACAGUACAGAAGUUAAAGGCUUUUUUACAAGAAGAAGUUAAAGGCUUUGAAGCCAGAAAUGCUUAUUGAAGCACUCGGUAAGAGACAUGUUGCUCACCGUAUGCUUGGUUACUUGCAUAUUAGCGCGGAGUUGAUCAUCGGCCCUGUCAAAUUAGCGCAUUAACCAUUCUAUUUUCUGUAUCCUUACUACUAAUUUUUCAGUACCUGAUUUCUGUGGAGAUACAAGCUGUGUAGAGAAGGUUGCAACUUCUGGAUUGCAUGUUUUUGUGCACAAUAUUGAAACAGUGGAAGAGCUUCAAAGAAAUGUCCGAGACUACCAUGCAAAUUUUAAAAAAUCUAUAGAUGUUCUGAAAAUGGCAAAAGAGUAUGCUCUUCCUGGUACCCUUAUAAAUACAUAAAUAAUACUGGGUUGUGGGGAGACUCCAGAUCAGGUUAUUAGCACCUUGGAAAAGGUGUGGGCUGCUGGUGUUGACGUUAUAACAUUUGGUCGGUACAUGAGGCCAUCAAAACGUCACAUGCCUGUUUCUGAGUAUGUUACACCUCAGCUGUCGAGAAGUAUCGGGCCCUUGGUGUUGAAAUGGUAUGCCUAUGUAUAGGCUUCGACCCUGAGUUGAUGAAUUUCAGAUACACCAUUUUGUCUGUGAGGCUGUAAUCGAUAAGGAAUAAAAAAAAGUUUGUGAUGCUAUCUAUGUCAUUCCUCUUUGUUAGUUAUUUUAACUUU